GGUGGUGGCCAUGUAGGCAUGUACUGUCAUAAAUUGGAUAUGUGUAUCCGAAUAUCCGAUUUAUUUCGUUCUGUUUGCCCAUUUGCGAAAUGAUCCACAAUAACAUUAGGGCCCUCCUCCGACCAAAAAAACGAAAAAAAUUAGGGCCCUUCUAUUCUAGAAUUUAGACCCAGCACCACAACGACGUCGUUUCAAUUAACCGACAUUUUCCCGGUGCAAAUGCUCUAGUAACACGUAUUCUUCCCAGCCAGCCUCAAAGUUUUCCCAUUACGUAGAAGCAAACUUUUGGAUUCUUCAGGGAAUAGCGAAUCCUAACUUUUGAAACAAUCAAUUCGCUUUUCAAGACAAUCUUUAAAUUUUGUUUCUUUCAUUCUUGUUCUUUUCCUCACAGAUUUUCUCGAGAAAAAUUAUCACGAUAGCUUUCCUUUUUUUUGUUCGUAGCGGUUGAUUAGGUAGAGAUGCCCAGCGAAUCUUCGUCGAAUUCCAAAAAUGCAGGGGACUCGUAUAUAGGAAACUUCAUUAGUCUCAUUUCUAAGUACGAGGUACGCUACGAAGGUGUUCUUUAUUAUCUCAACGUCCAAGAUUCCACCAUUGGCCUCAAAAACGUAAGAUCUUAUGGAACAGAGGGUCGGAAGAAGGAUGGUCCACAAGUGCCACCAAGUGAUAAGGUGUAUGAAUACGUUCUCUUCCGUGGAAGUGACAUUAAGGAUUUGCAAGUUAAGUCUUCCCCUCCUUUGCAAAUAGAUGAGCAGAUUCACUAUGACCCUGCCAUUAUUCAGUCACGGUUUGCAGGUGUGUCUCUUUGCCCUUCUCCAUCAGUUUCAAUUGGUUGUAGAACUUUAACAGAAUCAACUCAGUGGCAGGAUACCCCUGCACUAGCCAGUAGGGUCUAUCCAAGUGCUUUGCCAAGACAUCAAUUUCCACCUCAGGUGGAUCCAUCAAAUUCAUCAAAUCAUUCUCAGGCUGCUCAAAAUGCUGGUACUCCAUUAUUUUCCAAUCUGUUGUAUUGGCACGGAUAUAGUGGAACACCAAUCAAUGUUUCUCAAGCUCAACAGAACCCUAUUCCUUUUCAAUCUCUAUCAAUGUUGUCAUCUCCUAUGACAGUGCAGAGUCAUGUAAACGAUCCUGAUCUUCGCUCUUCACCCAUUAUGGGAUUGAUAAAUGCACCAGAACCUGUUAACCCUCUCCUUUCGUCUACUACAUCUAGUUCUUUACACUCUACUGCUACAGGCUCUUUUACUCCAGUGCAAUGUUCCAUGUCCCCUGAUAUGCCAUCCUGCUCAUCCUUAAAGGCACCACCCUCACAGGCUGCAUAUACUUCUAAUAAACUGACAGUGUCUUCUUUUCCUUCAUCUUUUGAAGACACAAACAUCUCUCAAUCUCAACCUGUCGGCAAAGCUGUUAGUAGCCCUGCUGCUGCUACCGCCAGUCCUUUAUCUAUUCUUCUCACCCCCAUGCCUUAUCUGGCUGGUUCUUCAGGUUCCUUGCUAACAUCAUCUCCAUCUUUAUUAACUCCGGGUCAUCUAGCACAGACCAGACCCCAUGCGCUUUCUUCAACACAGAAUACAUAUCCUGAUCGUAAGGAUACAACUGCUUUUACAUCUCUAUCCUCUUAUACUCCAUCUGUGAAUUCUACUCCAGUAACUCAACCACCAUUGUUGCCUCUGCCAACUCCUGCACAACAGUCUUUAGACUCCACCCCACAGUUUACUGAAGAAUUUGAUUUUGAAGCCAUGAAUGAGAAAUUCAAAAAGGAUGAAGUGUGGAGCUACCUUGGGAAGGCAAACCAAAAGGAUAUAGCAGAAGAAGGCAUAAAGGAUGAUGUGUCUGAUCAGACCUUGGUGGACAAAUGGGGUAUUGGCCGCCUACUCUCAAAUUUUGAUCCAAAGCCUGCUUACAAGAAGGAUGACUUUUUUGACACAAUUUCCUGUAAUUCUCAAUCCCGUAGUGCAAGGAAUGAACAGAAUCGUUUCUCUGAGAGAAUGAAGUCAGAUAGUGAGACGUUUGGCAACUUCCAACAGAGGUCUCGUGUCAGUUAUGGACCUUAUGGUGGCUAUAGUACUGGACAUGGUCAGAACUACAGGGCAUCUUAUAACGGGGGUAGGGGAUAUGGCUAUGGUGGGAGGGGUCGUGGGAACAUGUAUUUCUGAUGCUACAUGAGUCUAGUAUCCUGUUAAAUCCCAUGACUGCUAGAGACAGUGUCAUCUGUCAUCUCAGUUUACCCGAUCAACCUUUGGCUUUAUGAAGACAUGAAUUAUAUCAAGGUAAAUGAAUGUGGUUGUUUGGGAUUUUCUUGCUGAGGUGCUUGAUAGGGAGCUACUAAACUGAUAUAUUAUGGCAGGUUCAUAUGUGUGUGUGUUUUUUACUCAUAUACUGGCCUUUUCCCAAUAGGAAAGAAUCAUUGUAGCUUGAUGCCUAUAUGUGAAUGAUGAUUUACCGUCCACCAUCCUUGUACGUCAGAAUUCCACCAUCACAAUUUUUUUGCUGGAUUUUGGUAAUUUCCAUCUACGACACUAACACCCAUUUUUAACCAUUCAUUUUAUCUGCAGUAAACCUGCUAUAAUGCCCUUUUUAUCUUUUCUUUUCUUUCUUUAUCAAGUUUUAAAUCAUUAGUUAGAAAUUUCGAGACCUGGACUCAACAUAAGCUAGUAACCACUCACUGACAACUGGUUUGGCAGUGUGAACUGAUAUUUUACAAGGAAAGUGUUCACACUGAAAGGGAUGUAGUGCCUGUUAAUGUUUUAAACCACUUUGUAACAAUGAAAAAGUAGGGUAAAGAAGGUGAUUGGAUUACGACUGGUUGAUCUGUAGUAAUUAUGGUAUGUAUAUUUCAAAAUUAAAUGUUUAUGUAGAGAAAGUGCUGUGGAAUGUCUUUUUGGUGCAGCCACCAAUUUUAGACUGCCACUGACUGACCCGAUAGAAGAAACGGUUCAACUUGUAAAAAUGAUUAUGAUGAAAUGGUUUAACAUGUAAAAUGGACCAGCUAGAUGUUAGAGGAAACUUUGUAGGAAAUAUCAAUGAUUAAUAAUAAAAUACUAUAAGACGAUGCCUGUCGAGAUGUGUAACCCCUAGGAAAAGGCAUAACAAGAAUAAGAAUUUUUUGCUUUGGUAUAGUUAGUUAUGACAAGUGUGGAGCCCUCUUUGGAAGUGUUGUUCAAGCAUGUAUGGAAGAGGGGUCAGAAAGAUUUAGUUCCUCCCUCGUCCAUUUGGUAUUAGUAAAAUUU